UGCUGCAGGGGCAGUGUUUCUCGUUCUUUGUUGAAGUGGGUCGGUGGUCGGAUUGGCAGCGGGUCCGGGUCCUCGCCCCCUGGGGCGGGGAGCCGGAGACGGAUUAUUCUCUGCGGAGCGACACCAACGACUUUCCAUUGAGCGGCGCAGGCUGGGGUGAGACUGGAUGGACGUUUAAAGAUUACGAGCGGAAUACGUAGAAUAUGCAGACGAUAUCUUUUUCCCCAGAGUUCAAAUGUCAAAGAUAAGUGUUUUUUUAAAAGGUCGAGUUGCAAGAUCGACAGCAACCUGGCAUGGAUGGAGUGCACACUUGGGAGUGGUCCGUCACUGGAUCGAGCUCAGACCCUCCGUUCGCGAGCCGGGAGCUGAUACUGCACCAUCAGCCGACUCCACAAAUUUAGACCUGUGUUGAGAGAUUUAUUGGAAGAAAAGCCCACAUCUGGAAGCAAACCACGACUGUAGACGAGGGAACAGCAGCAAGUGAACCUGCCCAAGGACUGAGAGCAUCAACUGGACAGAACCCAUCUGACUCAGAGUUAACAUUCAUUCAGUCAGGAGAAAGUUUGAGCAGCAAAAACUGAUCACAUCUGUCCUCAAAAUGAGUCAAGGUUCGAGCAGUGGAGGAGCUCCAGUGACAUCAACAUCGGGAAAGGACACAGAACUGAUCACACCUGUCCUCAAAAUGGGUCAAGGUGCAAGCAGUGGAGGAGUUCCAGUGAUGUCAACAUCGGGAAAUGAUACAGAGCAGCAAAAACUGAUCACAUCUGUCCUCAAAAUGAGUCAAGGUUCGAGCAGUGGAGGAGCUCCAGUGACAUCAACAUCGGGAAAGGACACAGAACUGAUCACACCUGUCCUCAAAAUGGGUCAAGGUGCAGGCAGUGGAGGAGUUCCAGUGAUGUCAACAUCGGGAAAUGAUACAGAGCAGCAAAAACUGAUCACAUCUGUCCUCAAAAUGAGUCAAGGUUCGAGCAGUGGAGGAGCUCCAGUGACAUCAACAUCGGGAAAGGACACAGAACUGAUCACACCUGUCCUCAAAAUGGGUCAAGGUGCCAGCAGUGGAGAAGUUCCAGUGAUGUCAACAUCGGGAAAUGAUACAGAGCAGCAAAAACUGAUCACAUCUGUCCUCAAAAUGAGUCAAGGUUCGAGCAGUGGAGGAGCUCCAGUGACAUCAACAUCGGGAAAGGACACAGAACUGAUCACACCUGUCCUCAAAAUGGGUCAAGGUGCAAGCAGUGGAGGAGUUCCAGUGAUGUCAACAUCGGGAAAUGAUACAGAGCAGCAAAAACAGAUCACAGCUUUCCUCAAAAUGGGUCAAGGUGCAAGCAGUGGAGGAGUUCCAGUGGAGUCAUCAUCGGGAAAGGACACGGAGCUGCCAAAACUGAUCACACCUGUGCUCAAAAUGGGUCAAGGUGCCAGCAGUGGAGGAGUUCCAGUGAUGUCAACAUCGGGAAAGGAUACAGGUGUGAGAGUGAUCACUGAGCUCCUGGCAAUCUGUGACAAUUUCCAGCUGCUGCAGUUGACGGACUUCUACCGGGACAGGCUGGAGCAGGCGAUGGAAGGAGGGGUGCACGGAGUGAGCCUGGCGUUAACGGCCGAGAAUCAGUUCAGCGGAGAGGAACAUCGGAAAAUCUCUGAUCUCGCUGAUAAGGGAGAGCGGGCGGACAGUUCUAAACUCCUCCUGAGCCUGGUGAUGGAGAAAGGCUCCCGCGCCCCAAGGGUGAUGUGGGAAACCUUUGUCAAAAUGCGGAUUGGUGUUCCAGAUUUGGACAAAGUACUGAAGGAAAUCCAGAUGUAUGGUCCGGGCUCAGUGAUCACUGAGCUCCUGGCAAGCUGGGACGAUUCCCAGCUGCUGCAGUUGACGGACUUCUACCGGGACAGGCUGGAGCAGGCGAUGGAAGGAGGGGUGCACGGAGUGAGACUGGCGUUAACGGCCGAGAAUCAGUUCAGCGGAGAGGAACAUCGGAAAAUCUCUGAUCUCGAUGAUGAGGGAAAGUGGGCGGACAGUUCUAAACUCCUCCUGAGCCUGGUGAUGGAGAAAGGCUCCCGCGCCCGGAGGGUGAUGUGGGAAACCUUUGUGAAAAUGCGGAUUGGUGUCCCAAAGUUUGAAAAAAUACUGAAGGAAAUACAGAUAUAUGGUUGUGAUUCUUCCCAUCGACCAAUUCCCGCUCAAAAAUUACUAAAGGUUCUCAGUGAGCUGAAAGAGCCUCAACAUCCCUCCGGCAGUGGGGUGAUCGGAACGGUACGCAAUGGCCCAGAUGAGGCUGAGGCAGAGUUCAUAAAGUUGAAAUUUGACCUCUGUUUCCACCAACGGUUGUAAUUUGCGUAGGGCGGUUCAGUUUGUUGAGCCACGAGGAUCUGACCAGAAUUAACUUCUAAGGAGACCGCCAUGUUGGGCAAUCUUUACGAUAAAUAUAAUAGGACCAAAAAGUAAUGUUCCUUAUAUUGGCAGCCCAGUAGUA